AUGGAAACGAAACAAAAGUAUGCGUAUGUGGAUGGUUUGAGUACUAGUUUGGGCUACGAUAAUUUGAUCACGGUGGAGCCAGAAGGUUUGAGUGGCGGCUUAGCGGUGAUGUGGAAGAAUAACUUGGAUGUGUGUAUUUUAGCGAGGGACAAGCGGAUCAUUGAUAUGAAGAUCAAGAUGGGUUCGCAAGUUUUCUUUCUCUCGUGUGUGUAUGGUGACCCGGUGAAAGCUAGAAGAAGAGAAGUAUGGGACCAACUGUGCAGUAUUGGUUUGGCAAGGGAUGAAGCUUGGCUUCUUGUGGGAGAUUUCAAUGAAAUGUUGAACAUCUCAGAGAAAGUAGGAGGUCCACAGCGAACGGAGUCUUCUUUUUGGGACUUUCGUACUAUGGUGACUAAUUGCAAGAUAAGAGAGUUUCGUUGCUCUGGGAAUACUCUGUUGUGGGCUGGAUGGAGAGACAGGAUAUGGGUUCAAUGUCGACUGGACAGAAGUUUUGGUAACGACGAAUGGUUUCAACUCUUCCCUCGUUCUCAACUAGCGUACCUGGACAUGUACGCAUCUGACCAUAGACCUUUACGAGUGAGUUUCGCUUUUGAACCUUCAGAUCACAGUAGAGGUAGAUUUUAUUUUGAUAAGAGAAUGAUAUCACAUGAGGGCUUUGAGGAGGUGAUACGUAGAGGAUGGAUGACUGAGACGAAAGGGAUCUCAUCUAGUCUCACUGAUAGAAUCACGAACUGUCGGCGUGAAAUGGCCCGUUGGAAGAAGAGAGCUGACCUAAACUCUCAGAACAAGAUCUCGCGGCUUAGACAUAGUUUGGAAUUGGAGAUCUCGAAAAGCUGCCCGAACUCUAUAGUUAUGCAGCGGAUCAAAAGAGAUUUGGCUUCUGCCUACAAACAUGAAGAAAUUUUCUGGAGGCAGAAAAGUAGAGAGCAGUUGCUGAAGUCUGGUGAUCGAAACACGAAGUACUUUCACAACUCAGUAAAAGGAAAAAAGAUUCAUAACCGUCUGCUGAUGCUCAAGGACGAGUUAGGGAUAGAACAUUUCUCGGAAGGAGCCAAAGGCGACAUUGCAGUGGAGUAUUUCAGGGAUUUGUUUAUGAGCUCAAACCCCUACGACCUUGACUCCCUCUUUGAAGGUUUCGAAGAAAUGGUCACACCGGAGAUGAACAUAGCCCUUACCAGACCUAUUUCAGUGGAGGAGAUUAAACUGGCUGCUUUCAAUGUCAAGAGUAGUAGCGCUCCAGGAGAAGAUGGCUUCACAGGUAUCUUCUACCAGAAGUAUUGGCACAUUGUGGGCCCUAGUGUCAUUGCAGAAAUCCAACAUUUCUUCUCCUCGGCAACCCUCUCUCCGGGAUGGAAUCACACGCAGCUCUGCCUGAUCCCUAAGGUAGCGAACCCUUCUGUGAUGAAAGACAUGAGACCCAUCAGUCUUUGUUCGGUUCAAUAUAAGAUCAUCUCUAAGAUCUUGUGUGAUCGCCUCAAGCCAUUCUUGUCAUCAUCAUCUCGGAUACACAAGGUGCUUUUGUCUCUGGCAGAUUAA